AUGGUGCUCUUCAAGCGCAAAGCCGUCUUCUAUCUGCCCAAACCUGCUGUUGAAGAUGAUGCCGAAGACAUCUGGUUCAUCCCGCAGACCGGGGAGAUUUUCACUACGUACGAAUCUUACUUGCAGCGAAUGGACUGGUAUAAACAGAAAAGAUUCACGUGUGAGGUUUCUGGUCGGAGCGGUCUCUCCUUCUUAGACGCGUUACGGAGCGAGUUGGCUGGGUCGCGCGAAGUAGACCAGGCCUUUCCCGACGCGCUGAAAGGACCAGUCCUGAAGAGAGUCCAGUUCUCCACAACGUCCCGCAUCGACAAUCUCGUGGAUGAGGUGUUUGAUGACUUUAAGAAUGACUUCUACCCGGGAGAGAUAGUCACAGUGAUGCUAGAUGACUCACAACGGUUGAAUGGACGCGUCCGAGAAAAAGCAAAGUUCGCAGAGCAACGCGACGCUGACGGCAAUGUCACGCGAAAAGCGUUUACUAGAUAUUUCGUUCGUCUCAUUGACCGGCCGGACGAAGAAGCACUAGCGGACGACGACCAUAUGGCUCGGGACCGCAAGAUCUUCACCAAACAAAUGCUCCGUUCCUUUAUCAAGAACUGCGUUACCCGCGAGGCCUGGACCGGCGCUCCAUGGCUGGUAAAAUCAGAAAUCGCCGAACGUUAUCACAUCGAUAGCAACGUGCCACAGCAUUUGCGGCAUAGUUACAAGGUAGCCGAGAGGAAAGCUGCGCGUAAGUCGGAGCAGCAAGGUAAGUCACGCCCUGCCGAUCGAUGGGCGCUACUAACCCGCCCAGCUCAAGGCGCCCACCCGGGUUACACCGCAGAACAAAUUCUCGCGAUGCAACAGAACAAUUAUCAAGAGUACCAGCGAGCCGUACAAGCGGACCCAGCAUGGGCCGCGCAAUCGUGGCAUCACGCGCACGGCGUACCGUACCCAUAUGCCGGCCCUCCUCCACCAAUGCCCGGCGCGCCACCGCCAUCACAGGGGUACUGGGUUCCCAAUGGCUACCCUCCGAUGCACAUGCAACCACCAAAUGCACAUAUGAUGCCCAAAUUCGAGCCGCCUCCGCCUGGACCACCCCCUAUCAAGUACCCCAUCGACGAUAUGGAAGUUCCGCCCAAGAAUGAUGGUGUCCAGAGACCGGCCCUCAAAUACGUGGCUCUGAGCCAGAUUUUGCCCGAGUCUGACUCUACCCAUGUGAUUGAAGGCAUCGACGAGGCGACGAUCGGCUACCUUUUGGAAGCCUGGAACACCCUCAAUGUGUACUGCCAAGUCUUCAAGCUUGACUCCUUUACAUUCGAUGAUUUCGUUGAUGCUAUGCAAUUCUCAUCAGAUGAGAUAGACUGCGAUAUGCUGAAUGAAGUACACUGCGCGGUGUUGAAACAGCUCGUCAAUGCGGAAAAUCAACAGAACGGAGCAAUUCAGAUCUCACUACCGGACUUGCCAGACCCCAGCGAUGACGAGGAUGACGAGGACGAACCCGAAACGCGAGAGCCUACGCCCACGCCAGAGCCAGAAAUUCCAGCGCGGCGCACUCGAAGCAGUCUAAACAAAGUUCAGAACGCUGAACCAGAUCAUGAAACCCCGGCGGAAAAUGACGAGCCGGAGAAGAUUCAUCGAGCCUCUGAGCUAAUGGAUGAGUUUGGCUGGAUUCAGAGACUCCGCAAACGAGAAUUUCGAAGCGGCGGCUGGGAGCUCGUUUUGGCUGGUCUCCUACACCAGCUGUCUGGGCGACCACGUCUUACUGAAUCGUGCGACAAGAUACUUACUCACCUUUGCCCUCUCGACGCUGAACCGACGAUUGAGACUGUCAGAUUACAGUAUUCCACCAUGGAUAUCAACCUACGGGCUCUGGCGCUCGAGAUCAUCAUUCAAUUGUUCAUGGAGACGAAAGCGGUGAAAACAUUCUUAGAUGAAAUGAGCAAUACCAUGACCGAGUUCCGCAAGACCAAGAUCAUCCACCAGCGUGAGCGGAAAGACGCCCUGGCGAAACUCAAAAACCUCGAUAUCGAACGCAAAUUGGCUGCUCCGACUCCUGAAAAGUCUCCCACACCCAUGCCCGAACUCGAGGAUGGUAUGGAUAUCGACAAGGUGGAAGAUAUGGAAGAUUCCAUCCAAGAUUCAGAAGACGAAGACGCCAUACAGAUCAGAUCACUGCGACGUGGUCAUGAUCGAGCUGCCGAGCGGAAGCGAAAGCGAGAUGCUGAAGCCGAGCGCAAAGCAAGAGAAGCAGAAGCCAAACAGAACAAAGGCAGUAAAGAGUACCAAAAAAUUCUUAAGCAGAUCGAUAAGGAACGCGAGCGUCUCGAUGCGGCUGAGGAAUUGAUACUCGUUGUGGAAGAAGAUCUGAGACAGGCUGACUGCACCAGAACACGAGUUCUGGGAAAAGAUCGCUUCUGCAAUCGAUACUGGUGGUUUGAGAGAAAUGCCAUGCCACACGCUGGUUUGCCGGAAAGCUCAACUGCCGAUGCCGACUAUGCGAACGCUCGGAUCUGGGUGCAAGGACCAGAUGAUAUGGAACGAGUGGGCUACAUUGAUGUAUCGCCGGACGAGAAAAACAAUUACGCCAGCCGCUUCGAUGUCACGCCCGCCCAGCGGAAAGCCAAUGAAGAGGGCCCAACGCAGCUUAGCCACGCCAACCAGUGGGGCUUCUAUGAUAGCCCUGAGGAUGUUGAUGGUCUGAUCGCCUGGCUUGACACCCGCGGACUACGGGAGCUUAAGCUCAAGAAAGAAUUGGUCAUGCAGCGCGACCUCAUCGUGAAGUACAUGGAGAACCGCAAGGCAUAUUUGGCACCCAAGCAGGAGAGCGAGGAACCUGAAGAGCCGCCCAAGAGGAUGGCCACGCGGAAGAAGACCUACAUCAGCGAGCCCAUCGCGCGGUGCACACGAUGGGAAAAUUCCAUGGCAAUCGAAGAAAAUGGCCACAAGCACGUCGAGCCUCCGCCGGCGAAGAAGGGUCGUGGAGGGGCCCGCAAAGGCGGCUCUGCGGGAACGGGCACUAUCGUCGUCGAAGAAGCCCCCAGACGCAAGGGGCGUGCUCGCGCAGGAAGCGAAGUUCCUACGGAGCCACCAAAGAAUCGACAUGGUCGCUUGAAGACCAGGCAGGGCGGUCGCUAUAACUGGUAG